AUGCUGCCUGUCGUCGCUUCGUGCCUAAGCCGCUACCCGUGUCUGGGUGAGUCUGUGGCGCAGGUUAUCGUCGCUAGGCGCCAACGUGCACCGCUGAAACGUCUGAAGGACGUCUGGUAUCUUGAGGCCAUUCGACAGCAGCUGCUCGCCGAGAUUGGCUUAAUCGCCGACGACACCAGUCCUCCACCCGAGGUUGGGAUAACCGAGCGUGCUCCUCCUCCGCCGCCUUUUUCCGCCUCUUCGGUGCCCAACGAGUCUCCACGCUUCCCCUUUGGGGAUUCGAGUGCUGUAGAACUCUUUCAAGUUCUCAAGGCAACUGGCCUGAUUGAUAGCUGGGAGAAGUACGUCAAUGGUUCGUUGAGCCUCUGCGCCAGCGACAGCGUGCCUGCCAGCACCUAUCGACUGGCCACGUGGAACCUGGAUCGUAUCACUGUUGCCAAGGCCAAGCAUCCUGGCAUACGGGAGGCUAUAUGCCUCACGAUUCUUCGCCAUCAGAUCGAUCUAAUCGCUUUUCAGGAGGUUGUGGAACCCGAGGCUGUACAACUGAUUGUGGAUGAAAUGAAUCUGCCCGUGCUGCCAAUGGUGAAGCGCUGGGCGGCCGCCAAUCAACAGAAGCACGGCACAUGGGCGGCUUUCUCCUCCAACGAAAAGACAGGUCACACCUUCCAGUCCAAGGAGUACUCAUCCUUCCUUUAUCGAUCUGACCGCGUCAAGGCCAUCUCUUCACGUGUCCUCGGCGGCACAAACGGAAGCGCAAGACCAUUCUCGCGUUCACCCUUCAUGGGGAAGUUCAAGCUCAACUCGAGCACUCUGAUCCUAACCUCAGUCCACUUGAAGGCGCCCGGUCUUCGGGAUUCUCAAGCCGCAGUGACGACUGAAGAAGUCUCCAAUCUUGCCGACCUGGUCGAUGCCAUGAAGGACACCCUUUCGAGUGACGUCCACUACGCAAUCUUGGGUGACUUUAAUUUGGACCCGAGCAGUGAAGCUUUUGACGCUCUGCGAUCGCGUGGUCUGUCGCCUGCAAUCCCAUCGACUUGUGCUACUAUGGUGACUGCUGUGGAACGAUCUCCUACUGGCCAAGGUGGAAAAACGACUUCCUGUUUCGACAACGUCUGGCUCUGUCCUUCACUCUCGUCUGGGUCUACGGGACUGCGAUUUACCGGCGUCUCUGUCGUCGUUAAUACCGGCCUGCGGCACCCCCUCAUCCCCAGGCCCGAUUUGGCCGGCUUCGGUGGCCUGCCCAGUGAUCACUGCCCCGUCUACUUUGAUUUAGCUUGCUCCGAUUAA